UUUCACCUGAGAGAGUUCAGAGAGAGGAGUUUACUUUUUCAAUAUUUUAUUCAAAAUGCAGCUAUAUUACUUGCGUUAUUACAUGAAUGAAAGAAGCACAAAUGGGGAAUACGGGCUCAUUUUGUGAUGGUUUUAUUUUUUAAUGGUUACAGUCAUCUGAAACGGGCAUUUUAUUUCUUCAAACUUGUGAUCUGUUUCAGCCUGUGGAAAUGUGUGGCCUGAUUUUAUCUGAGAGACCAGUCUUCUUUGCGCUCCUUCUUUUGUCACUCUGCUUCUUUGGAGGGAAAUGUGAGGUCCAAAAAUUUGAACCUUCAGCAUCAACCAGCCUGGAGAGCGUCAAACCUUUCCACAAUGAAAUUGAUCAACCCCAGGCCUUCCCUGAUGAGGAGAGGGCCAGUCUUCCUGUUUUUACAAUGGACUAUCCUCGGAUACAAGUCCCCUUUGAAAUCACACUGUGGGUACUGCUGGCUUCCUUUGCCAAAAUUGGUUUCCAUAUUUACAAUAAAAUCACAAUCUGGAUCCCUGAGUCCUGCCUGCUGAUUUCCAUUGGCCUCAUCGUUGGCGCCAUCAUGCACUCUGUUAAAGAGGAACCGCCAGCUGUACUCACAUCCAAUGUCUUCUUCCUGUACAUGCUCCCACUCAUCGUCCUGGAAAAUGGCUACUUCAUGCCCACCAGACCCUUUUACGAGAACAUUGGCACGGUACUGUGGUAUGCGGUGGUAGGAACUCUGUGGAACAGCAUUGGCAUUGGCCUCUCACUCUUCGCCAUCUGUCAGUUUGAGGUCUUUGGAGUUCAAGAUAUCAACCUGCAGGAAAAUUUGUUAUUUGCAUCCAUCAUCUCUGCUGUGGACCCUGUGGCUGUGCUCAAUGUGUUUGAUGACAUCGAUGUUAAUGAGCAGAUACACAUUGUCAUAUUUGGAGAGGGACUCUUCAACGAUGCUGUCACUGUGGUACUUUACAGCAUGUUUUCCUUUGUGGCAGACAUGUCAGCCUUUGAAUCCACCGAUGUGUUUCUGGGUGUGGCUCGGUUCUUUGUAGUAGGGGCUGGGGGGCUCUUCUUUGGCCUUGUAUUUGGCUUUGUCGCAGCAUUCACCACACGCUUCACCCACAGUGCUCGACAAAUCGAGCCCCUCUUUGUCUUCAUGUUCAGCUACUUGGCAUACCUCGCGGCCGAGCUGUUUGCCAUCUCAAGCAUUCUUGCGAUUAUAACAUGUGCAAUAACCAUGAAGUACUACGUUGAGGAGAAUGUGUCUCAGAGGUCCUGCACUACUAUCCGCCAUGUGAUCAAGAUGUUGGCCACCAUCUCUGAAACGCUCAUCUUCUUCUUCCUGGGGGUUGUGACCAUUACGAGUGAACACGAAUGGAACUGGGCCUACAUCCUGUUCACGCUCCUGUUUGCGCUCCUCUGGAGAGGAAUUGGCAUCCUGGUCCUUUCCCAGAUCGUCAACCCAUUCCGAACCAUCCACUUCACCUUCAAGGACCAGUUUGGUUUGGCCUAUGGAGGUGUUCGAGGGGCCAUCUGCUUCGCUUUAGUCUUCACUCUGCCUGACACCAUCAACCGGAAGAAUUUGUUUGUCACUGCUUCCAUCGCCAUAAUCAUAUUCACUGUGUUCAUACAGGGUAUCAGCAUUCGUCCCAUCAUAGAAUAUAUAAAUAUCAGGAGGACCAACAAAGAUUUGGGCACUAUUAAUGUAGAAAUACACAACAGGGUGAUGGAACACAUUGUUUGCGGCAUUGAAGACAUGUGUGGGCAAUGGAGUCACUACUAUUGGAAAGACAAGUUUAAAAAGUUCAACGAUCGCUUUUUGAGACGCAUCCUGCUUCGAGACAACAGGGCAGAGUCCAGUAUCGUGUCUCUGUACAAGAAACUUGAGCUGCAAACAGCCAUUGAUUUGCUGGACACACCUGUGGGUGACCUGAGUGCAGCACCAUCCAUUGUGUCUCUUCACGACGAGCGGAAGAAUUCUUCUCGACCAAAAAAGAACUUCCUGACUGGUGAUGUGAGGAAGAUGCAUGACAUCCUGUCAAAGAACAUGUACAAGAUAAGGGAGAGGACGAUGGCUUACACCAACAAAUUCAACCAGCCUGAAAAUAUCCGAGCCAGGGAGAUUUUGAUUCGCCGACAUGCGAGCAUCAGACGCAGCCUGCGGUCCACAAGUUUCUGUGAGAUGCCUGCUCAGAAUUUGCCCAAAUCCCAGAAAUACUACUCCCUGCAGCCCGGAGUGGAUCCAGAGAUUGCUUUUGCUCUCAGAAGACGAAGUCAUGGCAGUGGUGAACAGCCACACUCCUCAUCCCGCUCCAUAAUUCCUAUGAGAAGGCUGAGACCCAUCAAAGAGUCGACACGUGCAGUAGCUCAGCCGGAUUCAUCCCCUGAGGUGGAUGUUUUGGAUGAGAGACAUCCAAGGGGUCCGGUUGCAGCCCUGCGCAGGCUCAACUUUGAGUGGGAACAGCCUCCAGGGGAAAGGGAAGAAACUGUGGCUCCUCCCCCAUUACCAGUGCCUCCUGGCUGGGUUCCUGACAACCAGAACAUCAGGGAAAAUAGGGCUGGAGAUCCACUACUUCGACACUCCUCUGGGAGGUCAUGAAAGCUUUCUUCAACAAAACAAAGAGCAUCUGGAGUCUGCAGGUCAAACACUUUGAAUGCAUCACUGUGAGGUUUUCAUUAACAGCACAUUAGUAACACAUGCUGCUGAAAUGCCUUUUAAACAGGCAUGAAUCCUGCUGGGAGAUAUUCUUUCUCAAAUUUGUGGAUGCCUGCAAUGUUUUUGCCUCAAGUGUACAUCCUGAUCAGAGGCAUUUCCAACUGUACGUGGGAGGCUUUGGGCAGCCUUCUGAGUUUUACUCCACAUGAACACAAAACGGGAGGGAGGCUGUCAAGUGACAACGAUUCACCACUAGAAGGAUGGAAGAGUCUGCAUUUUGCCUCUGAUGUAGCUUAACAACAACAUCAGUGGGAAACCUUCAGACCCCGUAGCAGACAUCAGACAUCUUGCUUUGGCGAAGGAAGGAAGGAAACCUCAAUUAAUUGGAUAAAGUAGCCGUCCAUGUGUAAUGUGCCAAGAUGAACCAAACUGCAUCCGUCUCUCAUCAGAUUGAGUGUCACUCCACCAAGGAUCUCAAGGUGGGAUGCUUUGUUAUUUUCAUCCAUGCUUAUUUUCCAGCCUGUGAAGCACAUUUAAUCUACUGUAUCAGAGGAAUUGUAAUGUGCUAAAUAUUAAAUGAGUGUCAGUGGAAUUGA